AGAGAAGCGGGAGCUGCAGCGGGAGCCGCUGCCAUGGUGCUGCCGCUCGCGCGCCGCGCGCUGCUGGCGGGCCGCCGGCGGCUCCCCCGUCCCGCCUCCGCUCCCCGCGCUCCGGCGGCGGCGGCGCGGCUCUGCUCGGGCGCGGGGGGCGAGGCGGAGGCGGCCGGCGGGGACGGGGCGAUGCUGCGGCACCUGACGCGCAAGCUGCGGGCCAGCGGGCCGGUCACGGUGGCCGAGUACAUGCGGGAGGCGCUCACCAACCCCGGCCAGGGUUACUACACACACCGCGGCGGCGUCGGCGAAAGCGGGGACUUCAUCACCUCGCCUGAAAUAAGCCAGGUGUUCGGAGAGUUAAUAGGAAUAUGGUACAUUAGUGAAUGGAUAGCCAUGGGCAAACCGCCCGCCUUCCAGCUGGUGGAGCUGGGCCCAGGGAGGGGCACCCUCACCGAGGACAUACUGCGGGUCUUCAAGCAGCUCACCUCUGUUCUUAGUACAUGUGAUGUCUCUGUUCAUCUGGUAGAAGUGAGCCCCAAACUCAGCGAGAUCCAAGCAGUGAUGCUGACAGGAGGAAAGGCGCAGCCAAGCCCUGAGGAUGAGUCUGCUUACAUGAAAGGCAUUAGCAAGACUGGAAUUCCCAUUUUUUGGCACAGAGACAUUCAAGAUGUGCCACCAGGCUACAGCUUUUAUCUAGCACAUGAGUUCUUUGAUGCCCUGCCAAUACAUAAGUUUCAGCGAACAGAGAAAGGCUGGCGUGAGGUGUUGGUUGAUAUUGACCCAGAAGUUCCUGGCCAGCUGCGGUUUGUCCUGUCACCAUCCAGGACCCCUGCGACGCAAAACUUUAUUCAGCCAGAAGAAACAAGAGACCACGUGGAAGUGUGUCCUGAGGCUGGUGUCAUUGUGCAGAGGCUGGCCUCUCGGAUAGAGAAGGAUGGUGGAGCUGCUCUGGUUGCAGAUUACGGCCACGACGGAACCAAAACUGACACUUUCCGGGGUUUUCAGAAUCACAAACUUCACGAUGUGCUGAGUGCUCCAGGUACAGCAGACCUGACAGCAGAUGUUGAUUUCAGCUACCUUCGAAAGAUGGCACAGGGAAAAACAGCUACAUUAGGCCCUAUAAAACAGAGGGAGUUUUUAAAGAACAUGGGCAUUGACCUCCGACUGCAGGUGCUCUUGCAGAAUUCAGGUGACACAGCAACUCGUGAGCAGUUACUUCACAGCUAUGAUAUGCUGAUGAAUCCCGAGAAGAUGGGAGACUGUUUUAAUUUUUUUGCCCUGCUGCCUCACCACAGACUUGUACAUCCUGACAAGAAAGAUAAGCCAGAAUCAAAGUCUCCCCUACCACCUGUUGCUGGAUUUAAUGAACUGUUACUAAAGUAAUUUCAAAUACUAUGGCAAAAUGUGUGAUGGCUGUUUCAGAAUAAGUCUUCAGUGCAGCACACCAAACCUCUGGACUGACCUAUUCAAAGCAGCAUGAGUGGAAAUAAAACACUGCACAUACAGAAACCAGCACACACAGAGCAGAGAAUGAACAACGUUUUGGGAGUCUUAUGAGAGAACAGAGCGAAAUAUUUACUAACGGAAUCCAAACUUGUCAGUAAUAAACAUGCACUACGGAGUCUUUAAAUGUA